AUGCCACCAAGAGUCUCUCUCCGGCAGUUAGGACGGGCUGUCCAGUCACCGGUUUCUCUUGUCAGACCCGUGACCAGCUUGUCGCGAUGCUUCUCAAGCCAAGUUCCCUCGUUUGCGGGCCAGCCCCCGCGGAGCUGGACACCCACACCUUUUGUCACUGAGACAGUGGGAGGAGGAUGGCAUACUUAUGAUAUCUUCUCUCGACUAAUGAAGGAGCGUAUCAUCUGCCUCAAUGGCGAAGUCGACGAAACCCUCUCAGCAUCCAUCGUCGCCCAACUCCUCUUCCUCGAAGCAGACAACCCCUCCAAACCAAUCCACCUCUACAUCAACUCCCCAGGCGGCUCCGUAACAGCCGGCCUAGCAAUCUACGACACAAUGACCUACAUAGCCUCACCAGUAAGCACAAUCUGCGUUGGUCAAGCAGCCUCAAUGGGCUCCCUUCUCCUCUGCGGCGGCCACCCAGGAAAACGCUACUGCCUCCCCCACUCAUCAAUCAUGAUCCACCAGCCCUCAGGCGGUUACUUCGGGCAAGCAACCGACAUCGCCAUCCACGCCAAGGAGAUCCUGCGCGUCCGUCACCAGCUCAAUAAGAUCUAUCAGACUCAUCUUACCGGCCAGAAUAAGAUGUCCCUUGAUGAGAUUGAGAAGCUUAUGGAGCGCGAUUACUUUAUGGGGGCCAAGGAGGCGCUUAAAUUGGGGAUUGUGGAUGAGAUUCUUGAUCGGAGGGUUCAGAAGGGGGCCAGUGGGGAGGGAGAUAAGCCUCCUACUGCUUAG